CCUCCUAUUCGGUGGUGGCGCGACGGCGGGCUCCGGGAUCCUAAGCAAUCGAGCGUUCCCUCUGCUCGCGAGAGCGCCCCCUAUUCUAGCGGCUGAGGGGAUCCGGCGGCUCGGAGGGCCCGGCAGCCGCGAUGGCUCCGGUGUCGAGUUCGCACAGCCGGGAGGGGGAAGCCUCGGGCUCUGGGGGGAAGCGUCGCAGUUUGUCGAAGAGCCCCAAGCUCAGCAAAUCCGCCCGCUCCCCGCGAGGCCGCAACUCUCGCUCGAGCUCGAGCUCGCACUCGUGCUCCGGGAAUGGUAUCAGCCAUCAGCUAGGUGGCUUCGGCCAAGGGUCGCGAAACCAGUCUUACCGAUCCCGCUCGCGGUCACGCUCCCGAGAGCGGCCCUCGGCGCCACGGGGCAGUCUCUUCCUUUCUGCCUUCUCGACCGCGUAUUAUGGCGGCUACUCACGCCCCUACGGGAACGACAAGCCGUGGCCUAGCCUUCUGGACAAGGAGAGGGAGGAGAGCCUGCGGCAAAAGAGAUUAAGUGAGAGAGAGAGGAUUGGAGAAUUGGGCGCUCCUGAAGUGUGGGGACUUUCUCCAAAGAAUCCAGAACCAGACUCUGAUGAACACACACCAGUGGAGGAUGAUGAGCCAAAGAAAAGCACCACAUCAGCUUCUGCUUCCGAAGAAGAAAAGAAGAAGAAGAAGAAGAGAAAGUGUAGUCAUUCAAAAGAAAGGUCCAAGAAAAAGAGAAGGAAAAAAUCAUCUAAAAGAAAACAGAAGGAUUCCGACAGCGACAGUGACUCUGACUCAGAGACCGACUCCAGUGAUGAAGAUACAAAAAGAAGAGCAAAGAAAGCCAAGAAAAAGGAAAAGAAGAAGAAACAUAGAUCGAAGAAAUACAAGAAAAAGAAGUCUAAGAAGAAUAGAAAAGAUUCCAGUGAUUCAAGCUCUAAAGAUUCCCAAGAAGACUUUCUGGAGAAUCCCUGGCAGGAUCGAUCAAAUCCUGAAGAACCCUCAGAUUUAAUUGGCCCAGAGGCUCCAAAAACACUUGCCUCUCAGGAUGAUAAACCUUUGAACUAUGGCCAUGCACUGUUACCUGGUGAGGGUGCUGCUAUGGCUGAAUAUGUAAAAGCUGGGAAACGUAUCCCAAGAAGAGGUGAAAUUGGCUUGACAAGUGAAGAAAUUGCAUCAUUUGAAUGCUCGGGUUAUGUCAUGAGUGGUAGCAGGCAUCGCCGAAUGGAGGCCGUGCGCCUGCGGAAAGAGAACCAGAUCUAUAGCGCCGAUGAGAAGAGAGCCCUGGCGUCCUUUAACCAAGAAGAGAGGCGGAAGCGAGAAAACAAGAUUCUGGCCAGUUUUCGAGAGAUGGUAUACAGAAAAACUAAAGGGAAAGAUGACAAAUAAGGAUUUCCUGAUUGUUCAGCAGACAUUUUUAACAACAAAAGAAAGAAAGUCUGGGUUCCAUCUAUACAUACAAAAAGAUGAUCAUGAUCUGAAAAAGCUUUACAGUGCUACUGUGCCUUCUAUUUAAUUCUUUCAGUCCUACAAUAAAAAGCUGCUAGUAGGUAUAAUUUUAGCAAGUUCUUUGGGUUAUGUUUGGAUUGACCAUAAUAACCUUCUGGUUUAGAAAUCCAAAUUACCAAUGAAGUCAUACUGUAUUUGGGGAGGUGGCAUUGAGAGAAAGUGUCAGUAAGACAAGAAACCUAACUCUCAUGCCGUGGGCCAGUGCUACUAUUAGCUGUACAUGAUGCCCACGCUUUACCCCGCCCCCCCAACCCCAACAGAACUUGUGGGAAAUUAUCAUUCCUCUGUGUUGGAUGCGUUAUAAAUGGUCUUGAUAGAAACAUUCAGGAGGCCACUUGUGUUAAGAAGAUGAAGAUGAAGGCAUUGCUGAAAAAAGGAAACCUGGAAUUUGAAAAUUGACCUGUAUAAUAUAUAGUCUGCCCUGGAAAUAAUGUAUUUUGUUUUCAGUCCCUACCUCUAUCCCCAAAUCCAACAAACAAGCCAAAAAGCAAGCUAACCCACAGACUUACUGAGUUGAAAUGUGAAUGUUAGUGUUUUAAGUUCUUAAACGUUAACUCAAAAAUAGUUCUUCCAAAUAUAAAAUGUUUGGAAGUCUACUGUUGUGCCAAUGUAAGUACAUUAUUUCUGUCUAAGUUGUGGUUAGGUCAUUAUUUGAAUACUAGAAAUGAAUGAGAGUCCAGUACAGUUAGGAGUUUAAUAGGAAAAAAUUAAAUGAAGCAUUGUUUUUAAUAUCGUUGUUUCAUAAGGAUGAAGCUGAAAUGACAGUAAACGUAUUUUAAGUCUGUCCUUUAUGUAGUAAGCGUAUUUCAUUUUAAACAUUGUUAAACCCUUCGGUUUAUUUUUUACAUCUGUCAUUCAGUUUAACUUUGUAUAGAACUCCUUACUUUAUCACUUUUAUGGCUACUAUUGACUUCUAAGUUUGGGAGAAAUGGAAAAUUCUGGCACUAGCA